AUGGCGGAAUCCUUUCUAUUCAGCUUUUCAACGAACCUUUUGAUCAAACUAAGCUCCCUUGUCUCCAAAGAACAGAGCUUGUCUUCGGGCACUCUCGAACCCGACUUGCGAAAGCUCGAAGCAACUUUGUCCACCAUCAAAGCUGUGCUUCUGGAUGCCGAGGAAAAGCAGGCGCAUAACCAAGAGAUCCGCUUCUGGCUCUGGAAGCUCAAAUAUGUCCUUUACGAUGCGGAGGAUGUGUUGGAUGAAUUCGAAUGCGAAGCUUCGAGGAGACAAGUGGAGAAGCCAAAGGUAACCUCCUUCUUCUCAAACUUUCAAUUCAAAAUGAGUCCUAAAAUUAAGGAGAUUAGGAAGAGACUAGAUGAGGUUGAAGGAAGCAUGUCGAAAUUUAAUCUUAGCGAGCGUACCGACGUCAGACGAGUCUUUUCCAGGAGCUCGUUUGAGGAUAAUGUUUUUGGUAGGGAAGGUGAUAAAGAAAAUAUUGUAAACCUUCUGAUGCAACCAGGCGAGAUGGAAAGCUUCUCAGUCAUUCCUAUAGUUGGGAUUCGAGGUAUUGGGAAAAGAACGCUCGCAAAAAUGGUGUAUAAUGAUGAAAGGGUGGAUAAAAACUUCGAAUUGAAGAUGUGGGUGUGUGCAUCUGAUGAGUUUGAAGUUAGUAAAUUGAUGAAAGAAGUUUCUACUUCUGCAAAUGGGAAGAAGCUUUUCAUGGUCUUGAAUGAUGUGGGGUCUGAGAGUCUUGUUCAUUGGAAUGAUUUGAGAGAGAUAUUGAUGGAUUGUGCUAGGGGAAGCAAAAUUGUGGUUACUACGAAUAGUAACCAAGUUGCCUUGACAAUGGGCACUGUUCCUGCUUAUGUCUUGAAAGGUCUUUCUCAUGAGGAUUCUAUGUUGUUGUUUGUGAAACGGGCGUUCAGAGAUGGCGUGGAGAAAAACUAUCCAAAUCUCAUUAAAAUUGGAGACGAAAUUGUGAAGAAUUGUGGGGGGAUUCCUUUGGUAGUGAAGACUUUGGGUAGCGUACUUUAUCAGAAUACAUACAAGCACGAAUGGAUGCUCAUAAAGGAUAGUCAGGAAUUAAGGCUACUAGAACGAGGGACAGGCGACAUCCUGCCAACGUUGAAGUUGUGUUACGAUCAUCUGCCGUGUCACUUGCAACGAUGUUUUGCUUAUUGUUCAUUGUUUCCAAAGGGUUAUCGUUUUACCAGUGAUUAUCUGGUUCAUUACUGGAUGGCACUUGGUUUUCUUGCAUCUUCUAAUGAAACGGAAGAGUUGGAAGAUGUUGGGUUGAGAUACUUGAAGGAAUUAUUUUCAAGGUGUUUGUUUCAGGAUAUUGAAGAUAACGGUUAUUGCUUUACCUUUAAAAUGCAUGAUGUUGUCCAUGAUCUUGCAACCUCUGUGACCCCAAGAGAGUGUUCAAGGGAUAGUUUGGCUCCCAAGCAUAUCGCCCAAAUUGUUCGACAUUUCUCCUUUGUUGACAUUCAACAUUCUGAGAAGGUUGCAGAGCUCUUGAAGAACUUAAGAGCUACUCGUACCAUUCUUUUUCCAAGUUUGCAGUCCAAGAAUGUUACUCAAUCCUUUGUCAGUAGUUGCGUAUCGAAUUCUAGGUAUCUCCGGAUGUUGUGCUUAAAUGGUCUUCGAUUUGAGGAGCUGCCAGAUUCUGUCUCUUCAGUGAAACAUUUGAGAUUUCUUGAUUUAUGUUCGAACUCUGUUAUUGAGGAGCUUCCAGAGUCAAUUUCAAAGCUUUAUAUGCUGCAAACUUUGAGACUUUGUGGGUGUUCAGGGCUGAAGAAGUUACCCAGCAAUAUGCAGAACAUGAUUAACCUCAAAUAUCUGGAAAUCACUACGAAAGAGAGACGUCUACCACAAAAUGGAAUUGAAUGUUUGAGUUCUCUUCGACAUUUGCACUUAAGUGACUGCCACCAUCUGGUAACUUUGCCUGACAAAAUGCAGAGUCUCAGCAGCCUCAAUACAUUGAUUCUGCAGGGUUGUUACAGCUUGAUCUCACUCCCUUGCAGUAUAAAACAUCUAAAGAGAUUGGAGAAGCUGGUUAUAUACAAUUGCCCGGAGCUUAAUCUGAAGAUGGACUUACAAGACAAGGAAGAAGAACAUUGCCUGAAUGUUAAAGUGUUCAUGAUUAAUGGAUUGCUGGAGCUAGUGGAUUUGCCCCAAUUGAUUCUUCAAGGCUCUGCAAAAACUUUAGAGUACAUGAAGAUUGAAGCAUGUCCAAGUCUGAAAGCACUACCAGAAUGGCUUGCAAAUCUCACAGCACUGCAGAAACUUGAAUUUGGAAGUUGUCCAGAAUUGUCAUGUCUGCCAAAUGGGAUGAACAAACUCACUUCCCUUAAAGAACUGAAGAUACAGAAUUCUCCUAUUCUAAGUGAAAGCUGCAGACAGAAUUGGAAAAAAAUUUCUCAUGUUAAGGAGAUUCAUCUUGACUCUGCAAUUGCUUCAUCAAAACUCUACAAUUACUUAAUUAAUGAAUAA